UUCAAGACAGAAGAGUCCCCUAAACCUCCGACGAAUGUUGUUGUUAUGUUCUAAACUUUGCUGGCGAUUGACAGCUUCCUUCCGCCGUCGCCCUCAUUUUAGUCUCUCUUCUUCUUCUUCUUCUUGGCGCCUCAUUUCCUCUUCCCCACCGCCAUCUUCUCCCAUGGGUAAGAAGUCCAAUGAUCACUCCUCUGCUCCUCUCGACCAUCCCAAAGACGAUGCUUAUCUUCAAACCAUCAUACCCAAACGCAUAACUUUCUUCGACUCCAUCAAAGCUCAACAGCUCGCUCAUCUUCAGUCCAUCUCUGGCGACCCUAUCAAGAUAACAUUACCCAACGGAACUGUGAAGGAAGGAAAGAAAUGGCUGACUACUCCCUUAGACAUUGCUAAGGAGAUAUCCAAGAGCUUGGCGUCGAAUGCCUUGAUUUCAAAGGUUAAUGAAGUUCUUUGGGAUAUGACUAGGCCGCUCGAGGAGGAUUGCGAGCUCAAGUUGUUCACUUUUGAUAGCGAUGAAGGUCGCGAUACCUUUUGGCAUUCUAGUGCUCAUAUUCUCGGGCAGGCUUUGGAGGUCAAAUAUGGGUGCCAGUUGUGCAUUGGACCUUGCACAACAAGAGGCGAGGGUUUCUUUUAUGACGCUUACUAUGGUGAUCUGGGCCUCAGUGAGGAACAUUUUAAAGGGAUUGAAGCACGAGCAGCGACUGCAGCUUCGGAAAAGCAGCCUUUUGAGCGCAUUGAGGUUUCAAGGCAGCAGGCUCUUGAGUUAUUUUCUGAAAAUAAAUUUAAGGUUGAAAUAAUCAAUGACUUGCCAGAAGACAAAACUAUUACAGUUUAUAGGUGUGGACCUUUGGUUGAUUUAUGUCGUGGACCGCAUAUACCAAAUACAUCUUUUGUGAAGGCUAUGGCUUGUCUAAAGGCUUCAUCAGCAUAUUGGAGGGGAAACAAAGACCGUGAAAGUUUGCAAAGAGUGUAUGGCAUUUCAUAUCCUGAUUCGAAACGCCUGAAGGAAUAUUUAUUAAGGUUGGAAGAGGCAAAAAAGUAUGACCACAGAGAGCUAGGAAAGAAUCAGGAGUUAUUCUUCUUCCACCCUCUCAGCCCAGGAAGUUGCUUCUUUCUUCCUCACGGUACUCGGAUCUACGACAAGUUGGUAGAUUUUAUCAGAAAGGAAUAUUGGAAAAGAGGUUACGAAGAGGUUGUGACUCCAAAUAUCUAUAAUAUGCAACUUUGGGAAACAUCUGGUCAUGCAGCAAAUUACAGAGAAAACAUGUUUUUACUUGAGAUUGAGAAGCAAGAAUACGGUCUUAAGCCCAUGAACUGUCCAGGCCAUUGCUUAAUAUUUGAUCAUAGAGUUCGUUCAUAUAGAGAACUCCCUAUUCGCAUUGCUGAUUUUGGAGUAUUGCAUCGAAAUGAGGCCAGUGGCGCACUUAGUGGGUUAACCCGUGUUAGAAGAUUUCAGCAGGAUGAUGCUCAUAUCUUCUGCAGGGAAUCCCAGAUAAAAGAGGAAGUCAAGAAUGUAUUGGAGUUUAUCAGUCACAUUUAUAAAAUAUUUGGGUUUACUUUUGAUCUUAAACUAUCCACGAGGCCAGAAAAAUCUAUGGGAGAUAAGGAAACAUGGGACAAGGCUGAAGCUGCUCUUCAAGAAGCAUUGAACGAGUCUGGCAAACCAUGGGAGAUAAAUGAAGGCGACGGUGCAUUUUAUGGACCAAAAAUUGAUAUCAGUGUUUCUGACGCUUUGAAUAGAAAAUUUCAGUGUGCAACAUUGCAGCUGGACUUCCAACUUCCUAUAAAAUUCAACUUAUCAUAUUCAGCAGAAGAUGAAGCUAAAAAAGAGCGACCUGUUAUGAUACACCGUGCUAUCCUAGGUUCUGUCGAACGAAUGACUGCCAUACUUUUGGAGCAUUACAAAGGAAAGUGGCCAUUUUGGCUUAGCCCACGUCAAACAAUUGUUUGUCCCGUUUCAGAGAAAUCCGAAGCAUAUGCCUUGCAGGUGAAGGACCAGAUUCACGAAGCUGGUUUCUAUGUGGACCUGGAUACUAGUGACAGGACCAUCCAGAAAAAGGUUCGAGAAGCUCAGCUAGCCCAGUUUAAUUACAUAUUGGUUGUGGGUGAGAAGGAAGUUGAAUCUAAACAGGUAUGCUUGAGAGAGAGAGACUCGGCAAAACUCUCAAAUUUGAGCGUAGAUGACUUGCUGAAAUUCUUCGCCGAACAAGUUGCAGCCUACAAAUAGAGAAUCCAUUUUAUUUAUGUUGAUAUCAUUUGACACUAAAGUUUCGCCAUAAACAAUACACUUAGAGUCUUUCAAUAUGUUGUUGUCUCAAAAUAUUAUUACAAGUCUUUUGUUUGGAUUUAUGGAUGAAAAGUUUGGUUAAUCUAUAGCUAAAUCAUCACCAUACCAUCAUUUUAAAUUUCAUUGGAUUUUACUUUUUGAAUUAAGAUGUUAAUGAAUGACUUAGCCUGGAUUCUACAUAAUAUGGUUUGAGUUGUUCAUUGAA